GACCUCGACACAUUGAAGACUUGGCAGACGAGUUGAUCAGUGAUAUACUUUCAUACCUUCUGGGGUCAGAGUAUCUGUCUCCCGAACCCUCCCCGACAAGUCCGCAAGGCUCGUCUCGCGACUCCGACAAUGGCACGGCUCAUGCUUUCGGCGAAAAGUCCGAGUUGGAUCGUUUCAGACUUGUCUGCAGAAGAUUCAAGCGGAUUGGCACACCCCGGAAAUUCACCAGUUUUGUACUCCGGUUUUCAUCCCACGAAUUCCGAAGAUUGGAGGACCUUCUGAACAUGCAGCUAGCCUGUCAUGUCAGAUAUUUCACGUACAUGGUGCGACCCUUCUACCAAGGAAGCGGUUGGUCCCACAUCCUGGAUGGGGUCGAUGUAGAUAACCUUCCCGUUUCGUCCAUCCACCGGCGUCGGCUCGAUGACCAAAAAUACAUACUCGAUUCAAACCUUGAUUUACGUUUGCUGCGACGCGCGAUAGCAGCAUUCUCAUCUCUACAACAAGUCAAGCUCCUCCGAUUGCAAGAUGAAGCAGACGAACAAUUGCUAGACCACAUACGCGAGCGCUCAUUGGGAAGAACAACGCGUCUAGAUUGGGAACCCGCCUGCACCAGAGCUAUCACCAGCUUGAGCAUCUCUUUACUCGAAUCAAAUUGUAACUCGGUGAGAUUUGUCGGGCCGCAGAUCAGCCCGGAAGCAACCGUGCGAUUGCUGCAAGCCCCAUCCACCAGUCUUUCCGCACUGGGCGCACGACUGGCGAGCUUAGAUGUUACUUUCCACUCUGCAGCCAAGCUAUCCACAUACAUGGAGACGCUGUCCAACGUCUUCCACGACUUCUUCCUGGCUGCCAAAAAUCUCACAACCAUUCAUUUAGGCUUCCCGACCAAUGCGCCACUGGACCUCGCGUUAGAGCAAAUCUUCCACCACGUCCAGUGGAAGAGACUCCGAACCCUCAGCUACGCAACGUCCGAUUAGCCAGCGUCUAUCUCCGCCCCGGUGGACGAUGGCGCGAAGUUCUCACCGUCUUACACGACGAAAUGGACCUCCUUGAACGCAUAGACCUGCGCGGAAUCGACUACACCAGUAACUUCGACGCCAACAUCAACACCAAUGCCCAUCACAACGCUGACGCUGCCGGACCCGGUACCGGCAGUUCUCAAACGCCGACACUUGCUAUCGUCGUACAACCCACGCCCGACAUGGCCCCGCACAAGGCCUUCCUCAACAUGGACUACUACUCGAACAGUGGCCCCCCAGGUAAAACUCGUCGCUCCUUUUCCGAAACCACUCUCGAACAGCUGCGCGGACAUACGUCCGACGUGUUAGGAGACAACGGAGAGAGCGUAAGCCAAGACCAGAGGUUACUGUGGGAGGCAUGGGUCUUGUCCAGUCAACGAAGUAAUGUCCACAGAAGGGUUUAAUGUCAUGUCUUUACGAAUCUGUUUCAUUUUGCAUAUGUUAAGUUAAUUGGUAUUCUUUAAGCGAUAUGGAAAGUUAGGC